AUCAUCCCGAAGCUGGAAAUUUACCAUUUACACUGCAGACGAUACGAACGCUUGAUCAAUAUUGCUGCUAUUGUCCAGCAUGGUCGGGCGCAGUGGCGGAAGUGGACGCAGUCAGCGCGGUGAUCAUGGCCGUGGCGGCAGAGGCGAAGGCAACCAAAGCCAAAAUAGAACAAUCUGCUUCACAUUUCGAGAUACGGGAGAGUGUGAUCGCGCCAACUGUCGUUUCUCACACAACCUUAGUUCCACUGCUGGCGCACAGCAAACAGGACGUCGUGCCGCAGCAACGAUGAGGACACAUGAGACUGAAGAGCAGAAACAAGCGAGGGCUAGCUACAACAACUGGAAGAAACUCAUCGGUACAAAUUACGCACCGGGCGAUACCUACAACAUGAAACGUCUAUGGAAAGGCGCUGUAGCCAUCCUACAAGAGGACGAUCGCGAUUGGAAGCAGCAAUUGCCUAGAGAUCUAGACGAUAGCACCGCGACAUGCAACGGUCGAGCUCAUAUCAAGGCAAUACUCGAUCAACGAACGACGGCUAGCGAGUCUGAGACCUUCGUCGAGAUAGCGAAAGAUUUUCUCAAGGUCAUCACUCAUCCGUCCCUUCUGGAUUGUUUGGCAGUAGACACAUACGUCGGAGGUGUCUACAACUUCAUAAGCGGUGUGAAUGGUGAUAGGGCGAUCUCAUUCUUUCAGCAUCUCUGCGAAACCCUAGUCACUGUCAAAACCGAGGAUGCUUCGUCGGCCGAGCAGAAGACGCUAGAACAGACACUCAUCGGACUGUCAACAGCACUCUACGAAGUCCUUAGGCGCGACCAACGAGCAAGACUCAACGAGCGACUCGAAGCCCUGAUACAGUCGCUGAAAAGCGCGAGCGAAAUUAUCCCUAGCGCGCUGCCCUCUAUCACCUCGACUAUUGUGAACAAGGACUUGAUAGUCAUGCGAGCCAUGAUUGCACGAGCAAAAGGCUUGGUGGCUGAAGAUAACCCACAGGACGAUGCACCAACAACUACCCGCAUAACCACCACUCUGUACCCUCGAGACUUGGUUAUCCCACAAGGUCGGCAGGAUAAUGACAACGUUGACAUUACCGAGAUCGUCAUCUUCCCAACACGAGAGGAGAUCAUGAGUGAUGCAAAGGAGUGCCUGCCUUCAACGGAUCCUGAUCAGCCGCACUUUAUUGCCAACCAAGUGGGGAGGCACAUUGACACUAACUUUCGUCUCUUUCGUCAUGACAUCUUUGGCGACCUGAAGAAGGCUCUUGCGGGUUUGAUGCACGCCGCUACGGAGGACCCAGACAGGCUCAGCAACCCGAGAAUCAACCUUGGCGAUGUGCGCGUCUACAACUACACCAAUGCACGUGUUAGCUAUAUCGCUUUCGAUCAUCGCCGCGGACUGGAAGUACAGAUAUCCUUCCUUCAGCCACCGCAAGUCCGCGGAAGGUCAGCUGCCGAGAGGCGCGCAUGGUGGGAAGACUCUAGGAGACUAGACCAGGGCUCUCUUCUCUCAUUCAUUUGGAUACAAGACUCCAUUGUUGAACACCUCUUUCUCACUGUGAGUAAAAGGAGUACCGGUGUCGACGAGGAAUAUGGCUUGACACAGCAUGACACAAUGGCAACGAUCACUACCAAGCUCUCGACACAAAAUUCCCAAACGAUUCAGGCGUUGCUACAGUCAAGCUUUCAAAAGUCACAGGGUGUCCUUCUCGAGUUUCCCAGUGUCAUCCCGGCAACAUUCGUACCGAUACUGGAGAGUCUGCAGAGCAUGCAGCGAUUGAGCCGACUGCCUUUCCACCAAUGGAUCCUCCCAGACCAGCACAAUGGAUCACCAGGGCUCAAGGUUUAUCACGAAAUACCAGCCCCCUUAUAUGCUCGACGACCUGGGUUCACCUUUCCUCUCAGAGCCAUCAUGAAGACGAAGUCUGAUACUCUGGCCAUCGAACAUACAUCUUCGUGUGAUGACGCUGUCCUCAUCGAAGAAAUAAUGGCCAAGACUGAGCUUGACCGGGGACAGUGCAGAGCGCUGAUCGCUGCCUUGACUCGCGAGUUUGCCUUCAUUCAAGGUCCACCUGGAACCGGGAAAUCCUAUCUUGGUUUACAGGUCAUGAAGAUUCUGUUGGACAUUAGAGACAAAGCCAAAUUGGGUCCCAUCAUCGUCGUGUGCUAUACCAACCACGCUUUAGACCAAUUUUUAGAGCAUCUACUCGAGGCUGGGGUCAGAAAGAUUAUAAGAGUCGGCGGGCAAAGCAAGUCUGAACUACUGCAAGGUUACAAUCUUCGAGAUGUCACCCGGACAGAAGUCAAAACAAAGUCGGAAGCAUGGCAGUCUGCGAUGGCCUACCAGACUCUCCAAGAUCUUGCGCGGCAAGCUAGAGCGACACUUGGUCGUCUACAUCACUCGAAGCAAGCAGAGUGGGAGCAGCUAGGCAAUCAUAUCCAGGAGAAAUACCCCCGCAUCUACAAACAGUUUGAGAGGGAAGACGAUGAGGGGUUCACUACGGUUGGUCGACAUCCCUUUGAUAUCUGGAUGCUGAGAAAAGGAGCGGACGGAAACCAUGCUUCUAUUGCCAGUCAAGAUGUGGGUCGCCUCCUAAAGCAGGCGACUGGCAAUGUGCAUUCUCUCACUUACGUUGAGCGAUGUGCGUUAGUCCGUCUUUGGGUUGACGAAGUGCGGUUCGAGGAUGUCACACAGUUAUCUACAACGGCCAGUGAGGCAGCCGACACCCAAGCGAAACUAAACAACAUCCACGAUGAAACGGAUAGAAGAGUACUUGAAGGUGCAAAGGUCAUCGGUGUUACGACCUCCGGUUUGGCUAAGAGGAUAUCAGUCCUUCAACACGUCAGGUGCAAAGUCAUCAUCUGUGAGGAAGCUGGAGAAGUCAUGGAGCCCCAUAUGCUAUCGGCUUUGCUCCCUACUGUUGAGCAUUGCAUUCAGAUUGGCGAUCACGAGCAACUGCGUCCUUCUGUCAAUAAUUUCAAAGAGCUCUCCCUCGAAAGCACGCAAGGAGCUCUGCAUAAGCUUGACAGAAGUCAAUUCGAACGUCUUUCGAUUGGAGAGAGAGGGAGGCCGCUGAUGCCUGUUGCGCAGCUAGAAGUUCAACGUCGCAUGCGCCCGGACUUCUCAAGGCUGAUACGUGAGACAAUCUAUCCACGGCUAAUCGACCACCCAUCCACCGCCAAGUUGCCAGACGUGGUUGGCAUGCGCAAGAAUUUAUUUUGGCUGGACCAUCGCAACCUUGAGGACGGCAAGGACAGCGACAUCCAUCACAGCAAGUCGAAAUCCAACCCUUGGGAGGUGGACAUUGUCCACGCAUUGGUUCGUCACAUUGUCCGUCAAGGUGUCUACAACAGCAAGGAAAUCGCGGUCUUGACACCAUAUACAGGACAACUUCAGAAGAUACGCACCGCCAUGCGCAAUGAUUUUGAGAUUGUGCUUAGCGAACGCGACCAAGAUGCGCUCGAAAAGGAUGGCUUCGGCGUUGCAGCCCCCUCAUUCAAGAUAGGAGAGCCAACAAAGCAGCAGCAUAAUCGGCGCAAACCAUUAGAAAGAAAGGCGUUCAGUGACCUGCUCCGAGUCGCCACCGUCAACAACUUUCAGGGAGAAGAAGCUAAGAUCAUCAUCGUCUCACUCGUUCGCAGCAACAACAAAGAGAAAGUCGGGUUUCUAAAAACGUCAAAUCGUAUUAAUGUGUUACUCAGCCGCGCUCAACACAGCAUGUAUCUCAUCAGAAACACCGAGACUUACGCGAGUGUCGCUAUGUGGCAAAAAGUUAUUGCCAUGCUUCGGACCUCAGACUCCGUUAGGGAGACUCUCGGGCUGUGCUGCCCAAAACACCCCAAAAAAAUCAUCCAAGUCCAAGAGCCUGAUGACUUUUAUCAACUUAGUCCUAAAGGUGGCUGCCAGGAAGCUUGUACCGAACGACUUACGGAUUGUAGUCAUCAAUGUCAGGCUAAGUGUCAUUCAUCGGCCAUGCACGACGUGUUCAAAUGCAAAAAGCCAUGUCAACGCCGACAUCAGCCUUGCGAUCAUCCGUGUCAGAAGCCGACGUGUGGUGAGGACUGCGACGUGUGCAUGGUCAAUAUCAGUACUGUACAACUCCCCUGUGGCCACAACAAGAACAACGUCUCGUGCUACAAGACGCUGGAUCUUGAGAGUAUUGUGUGCGUCAUCAACGUUUCGAAGCGAGUACCUGGUUGUCAGCACAAUGUGGAGGUCAUGUGCUCAAGUGACGUGACUAAGGCAGGCUUCAAAUGUCCUUCGCCUUGCCCGGCCAUCCUACCUUGUGGUCAUCCUUGCCCCGGAACUUGCGGUCAGUGCAACAAGAAGAUCAGAGACGGUCAGCCCAUACUGAAGCACCUCUCAUGCACGGUAGUGUGUGGCAGAAAGUUUGGCACUUGCAACCACACCUGUCGCCGCGAAUGCCAUGACGGAACGGACUGUGGCCUUUGUCAGAGUUUUUGCGAGGUACGCUGCAAGCACUCUCAAUGCAUGCAGAGAUGCCAUGAGCCCUGUACACCCUGUGUGGAAAAGUGUACUUGGUCCUGCGAGCAUCAUGGCGACUGCACCAUGCCCUGCUCAGCUCCAUGCAACAGGUUGCCAUGCGACGAGCGGUGUACUAAGCUCCUGCCAUGUGGCGAUCAAUGCCCCAGCAUCUGUGGCGAAGAUUGCCCCGUCGACUAUUGCCAGGAGUGUGACAUGAAGCUAGACGAAGUACCGGAUUUGAUCCUAGAGACACGCUACAGUGACAUCAACCUCGAUGAGUCGCCCAUAGUUGUCCUUGGAUGCCGUCACUUCUUCACCGUCGAAACACUAGAUGGCAUGAUUGGCUUGAAGGAAGUCUAUGACAUUGACACAAAGACCGGUCUAUUCGCUGCCUUGAAAGAAAAUGCUCAAUUAGCUGCAGCAGUUCCUAAAUGUCCAACAUGCCGCUGCCCCAUUCAGCAAUUUGUUACACAACGCUAUAACAGGCUCAUCAACCGAGCCGUCAUUGACGAGAUGUCGAAGCGCUUCAUCGUCAGCGGACAGCAGGAGUUACAAGAGCUAGAAAACAAGCUCAAAACUCUUGAAUCCGGUCUCGAGAAGUCACGCAAGUCCCUUGUGCCAUCGACGGUCGGCGAGUCGAAAGUAGAAGCGCGCUCUGGGAAGAAUAUCAACGGGAAGAUCAGCAGUCGCUACGGAGAAGCAAUCUUCCUGACAAAUGCGCUCAAGAACUUCCAGCGCAGGAUGAAUAUUCAGCACCAGCCCGCACAUAAACUUCACCAAGCAACUGUGCAUGUCAUCACUCGAAACCAUUCGCUCGAUGCGGCACUCGCAGCACUCAACCUCGAAUCUUCUGCGACAUCUGCAAAUCGCGGCCAUGGCCAGCGCAUUACCUUCGGUAGCUAUCUGCUUGAGAUCAAAACCCGAUGUCUGGUUCUGGAAGACAAGUUUGAGAUUUCUCGUGCCGCCCAAUCCAAGGCGCCCAACAACGCCAUUACGCUUAGCUUCCCGGGCGGCCCACUUAUCAAGCAAGCUGAGGACUUUCUGCCUGAGUGCAUAAAGCUGAUCGAUGGUUGCAAUGAUAACAACUUCCCCAAAAUUGCUGUUGAAGCAACGCUGUACUAUGCUCGCAUCGCUGGGCUCUGCACUUCUUUGAGUGUUGAAGAUCGCGACAAAGGAGGAAAUCAUCGCGAAGCAGCCCACGUACUCCUAGAAAAGGCAGCAAAGCUUUGCGAGCAGCCUUUCCAGGGUGCAGAUGUACUGGAAAAGGCUGUCGAACAAGCUGCUCGGCUGCUAGGUAAGGAGUGGUACGAGAAAGUGUCGGACGAGGAGAUCAAAGCCAUCAAGAAAGCUAUGGUGAGCGGGUCACGAGGUAUCGCUACACACUCGGGGCAUUGGUACAACUGUGUCAAUGGACAUCCGGUAAGGUUCCCACUCAUAGCAGUUAUUUUUCCCCGCUAACAUUUACAGUUCGCCGUUGGGGAGUGUGGCAUGCCUAUGGAACUUGCCCGUUGCCCAGAAUGCGGUUCGCGCGUCGGUGGACAGCACCAUGUGGCCGUCGAUGGAGUGACGCGUGCAUCGAACAUGGAGUAAUGCACCAAUCACUGGUUCUCGGCGGUCGUUCUGACAAGGCCGUUGAUGGAUUUGGGGGCGAUCUGCAGCUAUUACGCUUACGAAACGCAUAGUGCUGGAAUGA